CAUUCUGAAAUCUCAAAUCGUUAGUACUUACUCGUAUCAGUCGUAUGGUAGAAAUGGAUUUUUAUCAGUCUGCCUCACUCUGCCAUUACCAUUUUGAUUAUUUUGUUCUUCUUUUCGUAAAAUUAUAAUCUGAGAUAGUAUUGGCCAGACAUUUUAAUAACACUUUGAGUAGAUUUUGGUUUCUCUCGUUUCUCUCGAAGCCGUGGAAGCAGAUUUUGUUUGUUGUGCAGUGUGGUGGAUCUCGUGAUUCUCGUCCAAAGACCUGAUCUAUCAUUCCUUCGUAAUUUGCGUUAUUGGGGGCGCUGAAGACUGGCCGCUCCCGUUUCAUUCGACAGUUUGGCUCUUCCCACCAUGUCGCAGUUGUCAGCAUCCCCGUCUGCAUUAUCCCUCACCCAGAGUGACUGGGGCUGGCAGGGUCGUACCGCGGGCAUCGCCAAUCGCACUAAGCAUCUGCUGGCCAGCGGGGAACAUAGCGAUAUCCAGUUUGUCGUCGGGCGCUACCGUGGAACGAUCCAGACAUUCCGUGCACACAAGUUUGUGCUGCGCAUUGGCAGCCAGGUGUUUGAUCAGCUCUUCUACGGUGAACCACCAUCGCCGAGCCACACUAAUCUCGAAGUUCCUGACGCGACGCCCGAAGCCUUCCACAAUUUGCUGAGUUAUCUGUACACGGACAGCGUGGAGAAUCUGACUUCGCAGAAUGUCUUCGACACACUGUCCUGCGCGUCAAAAUACAAAAUCCAGCUGCUGUUUGAUCUGUGCUCGGAUUUCAUCAUCGCCAGCCUGAACAUGGACAACUGCUUGACAAUGCUGGAAAAAGCCGAGGAAUUGAACGCCCAGCGUGUGAUCGGAAAAUGUCUGGAAAUGUUGGAUGCCUCCAGCGGCGAGAUUCUGCAAUCGGACAGUUUUCUCACGGUCAAAAAGACGACAUUGGAGACCGUUCUGCAGCGUAGCACACUGACUGCGGAUGAAUACAGCGUCUACAAAGCCGCAGAACGCUGGGCGAAUCAUGCGUGCCAGAUGGAUAAAAUGGCUCCUUCGAGUCACAACCGGCGCCUUAAGUUGGGAACGGCCCUCUCUCUUAUCCGCUUUCCCUUGAUGACGGACGUUCAGCUGGCCGAUGGGCCGGGCGAGACGGGAUUGCUGACCAAGGACGAGCUGUGUGAUAUCUUCCGCUACAAGCAUGCAACCGCCAAACGUUGCAUCCCCUUUCGCACCACGCCCCGCGCGGCGCAAACCCGCCGCAUGGCCCCGUAUCGCGCUCCUCAGUUUUCCACUCGGCUCUCGCGAACGCAGCCGUAUACGCCGCGCUACUCACCUUGAAAUCGCUUUUAAUUAGUCGGCAGAAUGUUUUUUUCUAAGCUUUCUAAUCAGUGUCGAUUUAACUGAAGUGUGUGGAAUUGCUGGUUUGCUAUCUUCUGUGUGUGGUAUUGACCGAUGGUUUCGUACCUUCUGUUCACAAUGAAGGCUCUUUGAACGCUUUGAAUUUAUCGAUUUCUAAUGAAAAGUUACUAAUUUUUGCAUACAACAUCUGAUUUCUGAACGAUGCUGUAGGUCGAGAUGAUACCUUCUAUACAUGCGGAAUUCUGUUUGUGUUCUUCGGUGGUAAGAUUUGACAAAAAUUUUGAAAUAAAGCGACUGCUUGG